AUGGAGACGCGUGGGUCUGGUCAAGCCCUCAGCGCCUGGAGCCGCCGGCUGGGCUGCAGCGGGUCUUGGGCUGACCCACGCGCAGUUGGGGCCCCGCAGGGGCGGAUGGACGGCCUCCGUGGGGCCAGGGCGGCGAGGUAUGGCGAGGGUGAUGAGGAUGAGGAAGAGGAGCUAGAGGGCGGCCCUGCGGCCACAAAGGAGUCCACACUGCCUCCCAUCUCCAGCUGCGCCCCAGAGCCCAAACGGAAGGGGAAGAAGAAAAAGAAGAAGAGAAAGACUGAGAGGUCAGGCAAGGGAGACGAUAAACGCCAGAGCCGAAGCCUGAAGCAGCAGCAGCUGUCUUCAUCUUUCCACGAUGUCCUGAGUCCCGGCAAAGAUCCUGGCCCGAGACCAGAACACAGGCAGGACAAAGAGCCAAACCAGCUCGUCCCUUCUUUCUCCUCCUCCGUCCAUCUCCCCAACUUUGGCAAAUUAGAAGAGAAACUCUCCAACAAGAUCAACGAGAGUCUGCGUUGGGAUGGAAUUCUCGCCGACCCAGAGGCAGAAAAGGAGCGGAUCCGCAUAUACAAACUCAACCGGAGGAAGCGGUACCGGAUCUUGGCCCUCAAGGGCAUCCACUCUGACCCCUGUGCCGAGGAGACGCCGGAGAACCCAGCCUGUCCCCCCCAGGACAGCACCAACAGCAGGCAGCUGGCGUUAAAAGUCGCCGGCCCUGACGACUUCCUGGGGGCAAGCCUGGCUCCGGGGCCCCCACACUGUGAUCUGGCCACUACUCUGCCCGAGUGAAAACCCACCCGUGAGACUGACAAGCUUAUCCUGUAUCCUUACCGCAAGUUUAUGUGUUAGAAAAAGGAGAAGAAUAAAAGGAAA